CUCAACCAUUGCCGCCGCGACCACCAUCCAACCGCCUCCAUCCAAGCUUCCUGGCCUGGCUGUGCCUGUGCGAGACAUCUCACGACCAGAGUCGGCGACAUUGUCGCCUCUCCACCGGAGCACGCUCUUCUAUCGUCCUCACCAGGCGAACGGGCUCGAGCGCGAUGGCGGACUCGGAUUUGCAGGAGCGGCUCCGCGAGUCUGCGAAGGCUUUUGAUGGUCUGCUAUCGCUAAUACCCGCCCAGAUCUACUACGGAGAGGGCACAAACGAGCAAUGGAAGAGGACGAAGCAAUCCAAGGCCGAGAAGAAGGCCGCCAAGCUUGGAAAGCUUGACCCCGACAGCGAAAAGAACCGAACCGCCAUGGAGGUCCUAGAGGAGCGUGCUCGAAACAAGCGGAAGCUGCAGGAGCUCGAGCAGCGCGACGACGGAUCCGACGGCGCCGGCGAUGACCAGGGAGCGGACAACGACAGUGUUCAAUUAGAAGGCAUCGAGCUCGAGCAGCCACUUAAAAAGCAGAAAACUGCCGAUGAGGAUGAGGAUGACGAAAAGCCCGAUACUGCCUUGUCAGAGGCUACCCCCGCCGAGACCGACGCUUCCGUGCCCCUUUCCACUCUGUCAGCCAAAGAGCAAAAGAAGCUGCUCAAAAAGCAGAAAAAGCAAGAGAAAAAGUCUGCCAAGGUCAACGGAUCCAAAGAAGAGGACACCACAUCCAGGGAAACAGUAUCAAACCCAGCACCGCAACCAGAAUCUGCGCCUCUCGAGGCCUCCCCUGAGCUCAGGCCAUCCACCGAGGUUGAUGAUUCGAAGGCUUCCCCUGACAGCGAGAUGGAGACUGAGGAGAUCCCCGGACUAUCGACAAAGGAGCACGAGGUACCGUCGCAAUCGCCAUCAGUAUCAUCCCAGUCUACAUCACCCGUGUUCGACGAUGACCAGACAGCACACAAGGGCUCGCUGGAGACCGCCAGCGUUGCAACAUCGAUAGCAUCAGCCACCCCAUCAGAGAAGCCAAAGCACGCAAAGCUCCCCGCUAGCUCGUCAGAUGCAUUCAAAGCGCGCCUGGCCGCAAGGAUCGAGGAGCUCAGGAAGGCGCGGAAGGCGGAUGGCACCGAUGGCCGGCCACCCCAGACACGACAGGAGCUCAUCGAGUCGCGGCGCCAGAAGCAGGCCCAGCGUAAGGCGCACAAGAAGGAAGUCCGCCGGUUGGCAAAAGAGGAGGAGGACCGCAAACGCGAAGAAGCGCUGGUUAGUGCACGAACCUCACCAGGUGGUUUCAUGAGCCCACUCCGCAGCGAUGCGAGCGAUGCUGUGGCGACCAACUUCGCGUUUGGUCGCAUAGCGUUUGGGGACGGCGCGCAAAUGUCACACGACCUGAGCUAUGUCAAAGAGGACGCCAAAGGCAAAAAGAAGGGACCGUCUGAUCCCAAGACAGCCCUGGCGAAACUCGAGGCGCAAAAGAAGCGUGUGGCGGGCAUGCCCGAGGACAAGCGCAAGGAGGUGCUCGAGAAGGAGACAUGGCUAGCCGCCCGGCGCCGGGCCGAGGGGGAGAAGGUGCGCGACGACGAGGCCAUGCUCAAGAAGGCGGUCAAGCGCAAAGACCAAGCCAAGAAGAAGAGCGAGCGUGAGUGGGCGGCGCGUAAGGAGGGUGUCGAGCAAGCCAUGCAGGCGCGACAGAAGAAGCGCGAGGACAACCUGCGCAAGCGUCGCGAGGAGAAGAUGCUAGGCAAGGCGGGCAAGAAGAAAAAGGGUGUGGCCACCAAGGGCGGGAGGAAGAGCCGGCCCGGAUUCGAGGGUGUAGGCUUGGGUGGCGGCAAGCGCAAGUGAGGGGAGUGAGUCUCCCAGCAGACAGACCCGCGUGUUAAAUGUUGGCUUGGCCUCGGCGUGGCAACACAACACAUUCAAGUUGAGGUUUGUGGUGCUCAGGACGGGCUCCACAAGCGCUUUUACUUGAUGGCGCGGUUUUCCGCUUAACCGAUUGUCUGCUCAGAUGUUCCUUUUGUUUUGUUCUCGGUUGCUGGGUUCGGCCUGAUAUGUGGCGUUGGUGGGCGGGCGCGCUCCUUCUUUUCAUAGUUACGAUUCAUAGGGUGACGGUGUGGUGUUUCAGCAUUUACAACGGACAUGGAAAAUAAUAAGUCAUUAAAAAUGAAAGCAACCCAGCCAACGGCUCGUGCCAAACAAUAUCGUAGACGUUUGGACUGGUAUGUAUGGGCUAGAAAUCUUUCAACCGCAUAUUUCGGUAACCAACGUG